UCACUCGUGCAGCAGGUGUUUUCUCCAAGUUUGCAACAGGCAAAUACCCUUUAUUGUCAGGUCAUGCCAGACGGGUUUUCUCUGUAUCAUCACAUUUGGCAGCUUAUAAACAUAUCAGCUUCGAGUACAAGGAAGAUGUGGCUGUUAUACGAUUCAAUGAUCCAACAUCGAAGGUGAACAAACAGUCUCUGCAGUUGCAUGAGUUGGCUGACGUGUUGGGAGACAUCUGGCUUUAUAGAUCUUCAAAAAGUGUUGUCCUCAUUUCAGGCAAACCCGGCUGUUUCCUUGCUGGAGCAGAUAGCAAUAUGCUCCAGUCCUGUACAACUAGUGAGGAGGUCACCAGUCUCUGUGAGGAAGCUCAGAAGUUGUUUAGGAGAAUUGAGCAGUCUCGUGUCCCCAUUGUCGCCGCCAUCCAUGGCUCAUGCCUGAGUCGAGGCCUUGAGCUUGCAACAGCCUGCCACUACAGAAUUGCCACGAAGAGUAAAGAAACAGUCCUGGGGACUCCUGAGGUCAUGUUGGGACUGCUGCCUGGAGCAGGUGGCACUCAGAGACUACCUAAAAUGGUGGGUCUCCUGGGAGCUUUUGACAUGCUGCUGUCAGGCAAGAACAUCACAGCAGACGAAGCCAAGAAGAUGGGUCUAGUGGACCAGCUUGUGGACCCUCUGGGUCCUGGUCUGAAGUCUCCAGAGGAACGAACGAUUGAAUACCUUGAGGAAGUUGCAGUGGGUGUUGCCAAUGACUUGGCCAACAAAGAGAUUCCCCUUACUAGGGAAAAAAGCUUUAGACUGAAGCUAUGGGACGCAGUCAUGGGCCUGGGUCCAGUGAGGAAGAUCAUCUACAGCACUGUCACUAAAAGAGUCCAGAAACAAACUAAAAACCUCUACCCUGCUCCGUUCCAGAUUAUUGAGUGUGUUAAAACUGGCACAGAGCACGGCAGUGACGCAGGUUAUCUGGCUGAAGCUCAGAGCUUUGGUAAGCUGGUGAUGACUUCUGAAUCCAAAGCUCUGAUUGGACUUCACAAUGGUCGUUUGUUGUGUAAGAAGAACCGAUUUGGUCCCCCAGAAAAGGAAGUAAAAAAGCUGGCCAUUCUGGGUGCAGGGCUAAUGGGAGCAGGUAUAGCACAGGUAUCAGUAGAUAAAGGCCUCACCACCAUCCUAAAGGACACCACAGAGGAUGCCAUCAGCAAAGGAUAUGAAAAGGUUUAUAAAAGUUUCGACACCAAGGUGAAGAAGAAAGCCAUGAUAUCAUUUGAGCGUGACGCCAUUAUGUCUAAUCUGUCGAUUCAGACGGAUUACUCUGGUUUUGAGUCUGCUGACAUGGUGAUAGAGGCUGUGUUUGAAGACCUCAACAUUAAACAUCAAGUCCUCAAGGAGGUGGAGGCAGUUUCCCCACCGCACUGCAUAUUUGUGACCAACACCUCAGCUCUGCCCAUCAGAGACAUCGCUGCUGCCAGCAAACGCCCUGAAAAAGUGAUUGGCAUACACUAUUUCUCCCCAGUGGACAAGAUGCAACUGGUGGAGAUUAUCACCACAGAUAAGACAUCUAAGGACACGCUGGCUGCUGCUGUCAGCGUGGCCCUGAAACAGGGAAAGAUUGCCAUCGCUGUCAAGGAUGGUCCGGGCUUUUACACCACGCGCUGCAUGGGUUGCUUGCUUAUGGAGUCUCUGAGACUUCUUCAGGAAGGUGUGACCGCAACAAAAAGCGAUUUCCUGGCAACAAGCUUUGGUUUUAAUGUUGGACCUUUCGCAGUCACUGAUGAAGUCGGUGUUGACAUAGGAUUACAUAUUUCAGAGAUGCUGUGCAAAGCCUUCGGUUCCCGUUAUGAAGGAGGAAGCCUGGAGAUUGUCAAGACCAUGGUGGAAAAAGGCCUCAAAGGUUGUAAAUCUGGAAAAGGAUUCUUUCUCUAUGGAAAGACGAAAAGUGUGAAUCCUGAAGUAGAAGAAAUUCUCAAGAACCAUCAAGUGACUGCUCCCUCUGCAAUUUCUUCAGAAUACGACAUGCAGUACCGGCUGCUGUCUCGCUGCAUAAACGAGUCGUUAAUGUGUCUCCAGGAGGAAAUAAUAGCAAGCCCUCUAGAAGGAGACAUUGGAGCAGUGUUUGGAUAUGGGUUUCCUCCCAUGCACGGUGGUCCGUUCAGAUUUGUUGACACAUUUGGUGCAGAGCGCCUUGUGAGCCUCAUGAAACGUUUUGAGGAUGUUUAUGGAAACCAGUUUACACCCUGCCAGCUUCUACUAGACCACGCCAAAGACCCCAGCAAAAAGUUUUACCAAUCAUCCCCCUCCCUGCUUCAAUACUAAAAACAACUUAGCGUCUUGAGAGAGGGACUAGUAGUCCCCCUUUGGUAUGUCUGAACUGUUAGGGCAGCAAAUCUGCCAGUUUGUCUGUUCUAAGUUCAAAUAAGUGAACGUUAAGGGAUUGCACUGAUAUGUCUUCUAAUAUCAAACUAAAGUAAUCAACCUAAAAUAAUCCAAGGAAAGAUUUCAGAAUAAGGUAACAGCUCAUUUAUACAAAUGAGCUGCUAUUUUAAAAAAAAUUAUUGUAUAACUACUAACAACAUUUCU